AUGUGCAGUUCCACUUGUGCUUGUGGUUGCCUAACACCAUUUCCAGGCUGCCUGUUCUAUAGAGUUGCGCAAGUGCCGAAGAAUGAGGCAAUAUACCACAUAUUCAAGUGCGCCUCGUGGAAUCCUGAAAUCCACAUUUCGCUCGAAACAACCUUCACUGGAACCACAACGAGCAAUCCCUUGCAGUUACACCCAUACGUGUCAAAAAUGAUAGAUGGAUGGGACAUCAAGGUAACAUCACUGCAACAUAUCAUACAUGCCGCUCUAAGUAAGCGCUUCGCAGAAUCCGCAGCGGGAUUCAAAAUGCUAGGCGAUGCAUUCAAAAUCGCCGUCGAAUGUCCAGAUGAGAACACUGCUAGAAAACACUUCGCCAAUUGUUCAAAUGAGGUGGUUUGCUCGUGUAGUCACACAAUGGCGGCCGCACAAUGCGUCUGCCCUCAAAACAGUUUUCAGGAACCGCAGAACUCCACCACCAACUUGCCAGCCAUAGAGCCUCACCUAAACAUUACUGCUUCGGAAACAGUGAUGAUUGACACAGACGAUACCGAGGUAACAUUACUCGUUACGUCAAAAAACCAAUUCCAAAUGGCACAGGUGGUGGUAGAUCCUCCCUGCUCCAUGCAUGCAACAAGCAUAACAGGGUGCUACGACUGCUCGGAAGGAGCAAAAGCCACAGUGUACUGUCGCUCAGAUUCAUCCAGCGAUAUAACCCUGGAAUGCACAGACCAAACAUUCCUUAUCGGCUGCUCGAAGCAGACAAAGCCAAAUGUCCUAAAGCUUCAAUACGAUCAUGCUGAAGUAAAAGACAUUUGUUCAUUCCGAUGUGGAGGGAAAACCUCCAAAAUCGACUUAUCUGGUACUCUUUUUUAUCACACACCCACGUUAGAUCACGAAAUAUUCGAAGACAUCAGUCCUCUUCUUGGCACGAUAACUAAGCACUGGAAAAUAACGGCUGCAGUUAUCGGCGGUUUUACAGUAAUCGGUCUACUCAUAUACUUCUUCGGACCCACAAUAAUAAUCGCCAUAAUCCGUAUACUCACCAAUAUCAUCCUUGCACUCCCACGGUCCCUCUUGGAGUGCACCACUAGUUUUCUCUCCCUUUUGCUUCUUCGUCUUACUCUUAAUUUGCUGAAGUAUGACAUUCAAGAGACUAAAAACAAGGUAUUCCGUCUUGAGAAUAAGAUCGACACUAUUCUCACCAAUACUACUCCUCGUCAUCCAUGUAUUUUCUGUGAAGGUGACAAUGAAGACGGUCACCGCUCUUCUGUUUGCUCUGUAUUCCCUGAUCCAAUUGCUAGAUCGUUUCGUCUACGAGAUCUCAAUAGAUGCAUCUCGUGCCUUGCUCCCGCUCAUGGCCAAUGCUCGAACAAAUGUCGUGGUUGCGGAGGAACUCAUCAUGCUAUUCUCUGCACCGAGCGGUCAAAGCAAGGGCCGCCGCAGAAGCGACAAAGGCUCGAACACUAA